AUGGAAUCAGCCAUGAAGCAACCGAGCUCCGAUUCUUUGAGCGAAGAAAACGAUCCGGUCGAUCGAGUCAAGUGCGACGCCGUGACCCCCAAACGCUCCUACGAGUGCAUCUUCUGCAAACGAGGUUUCACCAACGCUCAAGCCUUGGGAGGCCACAUGAACAUACAUCGGAAAGAUCGAGCCAAGGCUAAGCAACCGACGAGCUCGUCGGUUCCGAGUCGACAACCGAAUGAGGAGUACAUGGACCCUAGAUACGUUCCAGCAAUCCCAACUCUUGACCCAUCAAAGUGUUAUCCGAUUUUGGAGGCUGAAGCUCAAGGGAAUGAUCACAUGUAUUUUCAAGAACCAUCAAAGUACUCUUCAUAUGGUCAUUAUGAAGAGCUUUUGGGUGCAAAUUUGAGCUUACAAGUUGGCCCUACAAAUGUAGAUAACACUGAAAUGACGAUAAAGGGAAUCAUGAAAGAAGAUGAAGUCGAUUUGGAGCUUCGACUGGGUCACCAUCCAUAACGUUAUAACUAAGGAAUUAUGCUGUACAGUGAAGAAAUUGUUUUGACAGGUACAGUUUCACUGGA